CUCAUAGUAUGACGAAGUCUUACUGUUAUUUAAAUUUUUAAGAAAAAACAUUAACAAGUAUGUCAUCCAGCACAUUCACCAUCGGUUUUACCGUCCAUGACGCCAAGUCAUUAGUAACGAAGGGAGGAAACCCAGUGGAUCCUCUUGUAGUUGUUCGAUGUGGUUCAAACGAAUUUUGUACUGAGAUAAAAAGAGGUAAAACUGGAGUAGUGAGCUGGGAUCAAUCGCAUAUUUGGUCGGAUAUCACCUUAUCAAGCCAUGCUUGGGCAUCUGCUUGUAUUGUUUUUGAAGUCCAGUCCGCGAAUGCGUUUUGGAGAAACGAUGUUAUUGGAAGUUGCACACUGCAAUUAUCCAUGAUUCAUGCACGUCGUUGUCAUCAAGUCAAGCGAUCAGUUCCUUUGUACUUAAUGAAUGAACCCGGAAUUAAAGGUUUUCUCCGUAUUACAGUUUAUGUUAUUGGACCCGAAGACAUACCACCUAGUCCAAACGAUCAAGACUCUGAUGACAACGUUGGAAAUGAAGAUGAUAUACGUCAUGGGGUUUUGGACAGCAUUUCACCUAACAAAAUCCCUAUUACUGGUAAACCAUACCAUUUGUACAUAUCAAUAUAUCGUGUAGAACAUUUACCUGCAAGAUCUAAAGCUGAAAGAGAUCCAUUUCUGACAUGUGAAUUCGCGGGUUCUAAAUUAAAAACGUCGCAAGCUCGAAGUACUCGAAACCAUUCUUUCAAUGAAUGCUUCCGCAUUCCUGUUGUUACACCCGUUCAGCAAGACGCUAUUAUUUUAAAACUGUGGGAUUGGAAUUUUCUGACAGCAGAUGAAUUAUUAGCUUACGGACGCCUAUCUUUCGCUGAACUUCGAAGCCGACCGGUGACAAUUCGUUGGUUUAAUUUUUACGCUUUCGUUGGUAAUGACCCCUCUAAAACAAAUACUUUUGACCCUGACAAUUCAUUACUCGGCUUACCUAAUUCUUAUAUGGGCCGUUUACAACUGUCUGCUAGAGUUGAAAGGCUUGAUCGUGUUGAAAAUUUGAUGCCAGCUCAACUCAUAUCUGCAACGUCCUCUGAAAAUUUAGCAACCCUUUCUAUUGCAUUACUACCAGAUGUUUAUGAAAUAACAGGAGUUGCUGGUGAAGAAGCAUGUGUGGAAAUCUGGUGCGGGCCACAUAUAGGAAGAACGCGAUGGCAGACAAGAACUACAAUUGAACGAUGUGGCAAUUCUACCACAUCUUCAACAACACUACUUCAUAAAAUUAAUGUUUUGCAAGACUCUGAAACGGCACAAUGUUUUUCUUUUGAUCAAGCAACUGGAAGAAUCAAUACUCUUUUAUUAAAAGUAUGCUUAUGUUUUGCGUCUUUGUUCUUUUUAAGAAAUAAAGCUUUUCAGGUUUCUGAAGAUGAGCGACAACAGUGGAGUGUAAUUAUUUCUGUGUACGCCCGUGGAGGUUGUUUUCCAUCAGAAACCCGUGUUGCGUAUCAUUCGUUACCUUUAUCAACACUCCCAGUGUACGUGGACGUGAAUCCACGAACUCCUUUAUGGAUACCGUUACAUAUGAUGCCUUGUAUUUCAAACAAAAAUCACACUCCUGUAGCAGUUCUACUUACUUUGGAGAAAACGCAAAGCGAAACAACUGUACGAGGAAAAAGAAAAUUUAUUUCAUUUCAGGAUUAUCAAUUACGAUGUUAUUUAUUUUCUGCUCGAAACCUCCCUGUCUUGAAAGGCACACUUCCCAAUCCUGCAGUUCGUGUUUGUUGUUCGGGAGUUUCCGUGCAAUCAUUACCUCAACACGAAACAUGCCAUCCUGUCUUCUUAGAAUGUCUGAUGUUAUCUUGUCGACUUUCUACGGAUCCUUCGUUAAAUUUAUCGACGAUGGCACCAAUCACCGUAACUGUCGUCGAUGUUCGCGAAUCAAGCUCAAAAAAAAAGGCUAAAACUACACCUGCGAAGAAAAACAAUUUUUUUUUAGCUUGCGCCACAUGCCAUUACGAUAGAGUACAAAGUCAAGGAACACGGAACCAAAUGAUUGAACGUUUGAAUCCUAGAUGGAUUGAAUUAAAAGGAGGCCAUCAGUUGAAAUCUCGUUGUGGAGAUAUUUUGAUUUUGUUAGAAUUAGUGCGACAGAAAGAUGUACUUAAAACACGCGUUCUUCCAAUGCGACCAGAAUUGUUACGCUGCUCUCUUACUUUUUCUAUUGGAACCCUUGAAAAUAUCGUCAUGCCUAAAAAAGAAGCUAAACUUUUUGAAUGGAUUUUUAGUCAAAACAAAAAUUUCUCUACGCGCCAAGUGAAACGCCCGAUUGCGUUAGUGUCUCUGCCAACGUGGGACUGGGGCAUAUCUUCAUCGAAAAACGGGAUUUUGAUUCCAUGGAAUGUUUCCGGGGAGCAUGAAAAUAUAAAAAAUAAACAUUGGAGAGUUGGCGUUGAAUCCUGUUAUGACUUUUUCACUUCCGUUACACUUGAUUGCCAUUUACCAAAAGAUCCUAUUUACGAUCCAAAAAUAACCAUUUCGGUUUAUGACAAAAGAAUUAAAUCAAAAUAUUUUAUUGGCAGCUGCAGUAUUGAUCUUCUCGGAAUCCUUCCAUGGAUUAAAGAUGUUGAAUCAGCGUACACUUCUGUUGCAGCUUUCCAAGAUUUCACUAGUUCGGUGAAUCUUAAUACAUUCAAUGCAGCUAUGCACGUACUUCAAGGACGAACUGGACAACGUCGAAAAGAUUUCAUUAAUUUGGGUAUUGAUCUGUUCAAAGAGGCAGAUCAAGAAACUAUUCGGGAAGACUCGCAACGCACUUGUGACAUUUCGAAUGAUGCUAUUAUUGAAUCAGAAAGUAUUUCUGCAACAGGUCUUCCAACUCUUCUUCUCAAAAGUUACAAAGCCAUUAUUGAUUAUAAAUAUCCGGUGGCAAGUAUCAAACUCAGUAUGCUUCACUUAAAUGUUUUCAUACCCUCUAGAUUUGUCCUUGCUGCGCAUGGUGUUAUGGCUGAAAAAAGAAAAAAGGAUAAUUUUUUUAAACCAUCCGUGGAAGGAAUGUUAGAAAAUUUUUUGUCAGAUCUUAUUUUGGAAAAUCACUUUUUACAGAAGAAAAUAGGAAAACAUGUUGUCAAUGUGGGAUCGUUACAAGCAGUCGUUUCCAUAACAUACGAAAAUGAAACAAAAAGUCUGGCGCCGGAAGAACUUAAGCCCGUACUGUUAGACAAUCAAAAAUUUAGAAACAAAUUCCGAGGUUUGAAAAAUUUACCUUCAUCGAUUCGAUUGCGGGUUUACGUUUUACGAGGCAUUGGGUUAACACCUGCUCAACCGUUAUCUACGGUUAACCCGUUUCUUUUAUUCAAAAUAGGAAACAAAUCAGAAAAUUUACGAGGCAACGCUAAAAUCAAUACAGUGAACCCUGAGUUCUGCUGGUUUCAAGAGUGCGAUAUCUCUUUACCGGAGCAAACUCGUUUAGAAAUCGCUGUGUACUCAAAACAGCAAUCAGUUCAAAGUGAUGAUGUUUUCAUUGGUUCUACAGUUAUCGAUUUACAGACACGGUGGUUCUCGAAAGAAUGGCAAAAACUUGUAGCUCAUUCAAAGGUGCCUCUGGAAUAUAGACCAUUACGUGCUGCGAAUGAUGCAUCUUUUUCUCGUUCUUGCGGCACUCUCGAAAUGUGGAUUGAAAUGAUGACUCCUCAAAAAGCAUCUGAAAUACCUCGCAUUGUGUUGAAAGAAACAACACCUAUUGAUGUCGAGUUACGAGUUGUGAUUUGGGGAGCUCGUGCAUUAUCUUUUAAGCGCUUAAAAAAAAAUUAUGUUGAUGCACAAAUUUCUGCUACGCUAGAUUGUGCAAUGUUUAAAGGUUCGGAACCUCCCACACAAACAACGGAUGUUCAUUACCACUCGCGUAAUGGCAACGCCAUUUUCAAUUGGAGGGUCGUUUAUUCUAGUAUAAGUGUGCCAUUAAAUAGCUGUGUUUUACAAUUGGCAGCAUACGACUUUCGUUCAAUUAGCUCUUCGGUUUUCAUAGGAGAAGUCAAUAUAGAAUUAAGGACUUAUAUAGAAAAAGUAAGCGCUGCUGGUUCUGGUCAAGAAUAUGAUGCUGAAUUCAAAUUGGUUAAUCGAUCAUACGAUACCGAAACGGAUGGAUGUGGUUUCGUACAAGUCACAAUUCAAAUCCUUUCACAUCAUGAAGCAUUAGCACGCUCAGUUGGUCUUGGUAGAAAAAAGCCUAAUCGUGAACCCCAUUUAACAACACCUGUUGAUGGAAGGAAAUGGGAUGACUUUAUUCGAGCUGUUAGUUUUGGCAAAGAUUUUUCCAACUUUAUGUUCAAGGUAUUGUUUAAAAUCGAAAACAACGCGUUUCAUUUCUUUUAUCCCUUUAGCUGCGCAUCACCGUCACAUUGCUUGUUUUCUUCACACUUUUCGUUAUUAGUUUCUUAUAUCCUGGACUUUUUUUUCAAUAAAUUUAUUUUUUUCUAUGACCAUUAUCUAUCAUUCCACCAGUGUUCUUUUACCUCCGUGUUUUUUCAUUAGGACAAUGGCGUAACAAAUAGUAUGUUAGAGAAAGAUUGUUGUUUAUAAACAGAAAAAAAAAAUUUUAAACUGAUCUUUUAUCAAUCUAGUAAUUUUUGUUUGAAAUUAUUAAUAACUACUUUUUUGAUAGAGUGUUGCUUUGUUGAACUUUAAUUCGUUUCAAAAAAACCUUCUUAACGUAUUAUU